AUGUCAGCAACUACUGCACAGAAUGACAUAGCAAAAUCAAGCUCUCAUUAUCCUAAAAAACAAAGAAAAAUAGACAGUUUUUUUAACCAUUCCAUUGCAACAACAGUCCCUAAUCAGAAUGAACAAUUUGACCCUGAGAAUAUCUUUUAUGACACCACUUUACCUGAUCACUCUACAUCAGUAACAAAUAGUAUCUCAGCAGCAAAAUCAAAAGUACCUGUACAGGCAGAAUGUGUUUCUCAAGUCACACAUACAUCGUUACCUUAUGAUCAGAUCAUCUCCAAAGAUUUUGCACCUUUUGGACAGUGGUACAAAGGCUUCAAACUUGAUGCUGCUUGGUUGCAGAAACACCAUUCAGAACUGAAAGCAAUAAAACUGGGUUCUCGUAAAUGUCUAAAAUGCAAACUGUGCUACGAUAACAUUUCUGAAGCUAAAAAGUAUGCUCGAAAUGGUACUGUCCCAAUAGCUGAUGGUGUUCGGUGUGACGGCAUGCAACAGCUUCAAAGAAUUAUUGAUCACUUGAAAGUUGCUGUACACAAUGAUUCAGUAACCAAAACGCUGUCAGCUUGGUCUUGGCCAAGUCGUUCACUAGCACAAAUGCAUGCAGAAAACCAAGUUAAGCAAUACAUUGAUCACGGUCUUGAUUGUAACUUUGUGGCGUUUAAUCCACCCCAGUCAGCAUUGCAUUACAGAAAUCCUGACCGGUACAGAGAGAUAUUAUCAUUUGUGUCCAAGCAUGAAUUGAGCAGAGUUAUUCAAGCAUUGAAAAUCGCAUACUGUGUUGCCCUGCAAAUUGAGAAAUCUGUUGAUAAAUACAAUGCUGACAGUCUGUUUGUUACUGCUCGAUACAUGGACAACACUAAUUUUGAGAUGAAAGAUAGUUUUCUUGGCGAAUGCCACAGUGAGUUAAGAGGAGUAAUUGGGAUGGUCGAUGCUUUGCAGAAACGUUUCCAGUAUCUUGAAAUUGAAGAUGUCAUUAAAGCAAAGAUGGUGGGUCUUACGACAGAUGGGGAAAAUUCAAAUACUGGACGUCACGGAGGGUUGUGGGUAAAAAUGUCUGAGUAUUUAGGGCACAACAUGUUGACAUUUUGGUGCAUAGCUCACAGAUCUGACCUGGCUUUUGAAAGCGUUGAAAACGUGGUUCCGGAGUUUCGUCAUUGGUUAACAGAUGUAAAAAAUGUCGCUACUUAUUUUCGUGGAUCAAGCUACCGACAAGAAAAACUGCAUGAAAUUGCUGCAAGUUUGGUUCUGUCUAAUCAUCAGAUGAUGUGCGCUUACAGGAAGACAGUUGUACAACAAGGUGAAAAUAAUGAAAAGCAAAGAGCAAGAGGUUUUCUGAAGGAUUGGUCCCAAACUUCAUUCAACUUAAACAUGAGUGCUGUUGCUUUGGAUAUCUUGCGAUUUACAAAAAAAAGCUCAACGCACAAGGUUGGAUGUCGAUCAGGAUUUACAAGUAAAGGCAAUUAUAGAUGUUGCAAUGCUGAAAAUGCUGAAGCAAUGAUCAAAGCCGGUCGGCAAAUUGUAUCAGAUAUUUUUGGUGAUAAUUAUGUUUCAGAAUUUGUAGAUGAUGCUGUUGGUUACUAUUCAUCAUUUAGUGCUUCAUCUUUUAAGCCGCAUGAAAGCAAUACUGCCAAGUUGUACUUAUUGCUACAAAAUACAACACCGUCGUCUCUUUUAAACAAGCUGGUUCAAACAUUUCUUAUAACUUGCCCUCACAGCAUGAUCACGGAACGGGUAAUUUCAUGCCAUACAGAAUUAAAAAGCGACCUUCGAUCAUCUAUGUCGAGAAAUACUGUGAAUGACCGAUUAUGCAUUGCUUUAAAUGCUAUAGGUACCGCAAAUUUUGAUCCUCGGCCAGCGGUGGCUGAUUUUCUUUCUUCAAAAACGAGACGAUCGACUCUACCAGAUGAUGAACUUUACCGAAACUGGGAAUUUGUAAAAAAGUUUUUUAACACUGAAAAUAACUUGUGA